UGUCUGUAAGGAGUCAGUUGGACAUGAGAGCAUAAAGAAGAUAUUUUAGUGUUUUGAAUCAAUCCUAAAGAUACACAUUAAAAAAGUCAUAAAAUACUUUUUUUUUCAGGGACAGAAAUGAGGAUCAACCUUUUAGAACAAAAAAUGUGGAAAAAAGGCUGCAGUCUGAUCAGAGGGUCAGAGUUCAGAUCAGAGGGAUUUUAAGGAUACUGUCUUUUCUUGGUACAUUUUAUAGUCUAGUAGAGCCCAUGGAAAUGGAAAUGUCUAACAGCUUUCAAAAAUGAGCCUUUGCCUCUACAAGGGAAUGCACUGUUAUCAAAUGUCAUUUAUUAGUAUUAAUCUAGUAAGUGUCUUGGGUUUUUUUCUAAUGCAAAUGUAAUUAUUUUUCCAUUUUUCUGUCCACAGAAAAGGACAGCUAGAUUAAGAUUUGGGGUUGCUGCUUAUGAGGUAACCUGAUGAAGUUCAGAUGUCGAAAUAUCAGUGCUGACUAGGUUACAGCUGCUGUAGUGGUUGUGAGCUCCGCACUUACUGAAAAAUGUCAGCAAUUGGAGUGGUCUCCUGUUCCAGUCUCCGUCCUGGUGUAAAGUGGCUGAAACCAGGGAUGCAGCAAAUGAACUCCUUCGGCUUACAUACAGCAGCCAGGUGUGCUGCCAAGGAUUACUAUGAAGUACUUGUUUUGGGUGGAGGCGCUGGUGGAAUCACCAUGAGUGCUCGGAUGAAGAGGAAAGUGGGAGCAGGAAAUGUGGCUGUUGUUGAGCCGAGUACGACUCAUUACUAUCAGCCACUGUGGACCCUGGUUGGCGGUGGUGCAAAGCAGCUGGCAGCAUCUGCACGACCAACGGGAAGUGUAAUGCCUAAAGGUGUCGAGUGGAUCAAAUCUCGAGUUACAGCAUUGGAUCCAGAGAAGAACUGCAUCUGGCUGGAGAACGAUACCAAGGUAUCUUAUAAAUAUCUGAUAAUUGCCCUUGGGAUUAGCCUGCAUUAUGAAAAGAUCAAAGGCUUGCCUGAAGGUUUUCAUCACCCUAAAAUAGGUUCAAAUUAUUCAGUUCAUACAGUAGAGAAAACAUGGAAAGCUUUACAAGAUUUCAAGGAAGGAAAUGCCAUCUUCACUUUUCCAAAUACUCCAGUGAAGUGUGCAGGGGCUCCUCAGAAGAUCAUGUAUUUAUCAGAGGCCUACUGGAGGAAAACAGGAAAACGCUCCAAAGCAAACAUAAUGUUCAACACUUCACUUGGUGUCAUUUUUGGUGUUAAGAAGUACGCUGAUGCAUUGCUGGAAAUAAUAAAGGAGAGGAAUAUUGCUGUUAACUACAAACACAACCUCGUAGAAGUUCGAGCAGACAAGCAGGAAGCUGUGUUUGAAAACUUGGACAAACCCGGAGUGACUGAAGUUCACCAGUAUGAAAUGCUUCAUGUCACACCUCCGAUGGGGCCACCUGAUGUACUGAUCAACAGUCCUGUCUCGGAUGGAAUUGGCUGGGUGGAUGUAGAUAAAGAAACUCUGCAACACAAAAAGUAUCCUAAUGUAUUUGGUAUUGGAGACUGCACCAACCUUCCAACAUCAAAAACUGCUGCAGCCGUAGCUGCCCAGUCUGGAGUGCUUGAUAAAACUAUUUCCCUGGUAAUGAAGAACCAGUUGCCAACUAAAAAGUACGAUGGAUACACUUCCUGCCCGCUAGUAACAGGCUACAACAAGGUGAUUCUAGCAGAAUUUGACUAUGAUGCUCAGCCUUUGGAGACCUUUCCCAUUGACCAGAGUAAGGAGAGAGUAACCAUGUACCACAUGAAAGCUGAUAUGAUGCCUUUUCUCUAUUGGAAUGCACUACUGAAGGGAUACUGGGGAGGACCAGCUCCUAUCAGAAAACUAAUGCAUUUGGGCUUGAAGUAACUGUUGGUUCUUGGUGUUGUCAAACUUCUCGUGAAGAAAAAAGGAGUCGUCUCUCACUGGAUCAAUACCUCUCUCCCCUCUUGGCCCACCUUGUAGACUGAUUUUUUUCCUUAAAUCAAGUUUUCAUCCUAAUUUCACUUUAACCCUUUCUCAGGCUUAAGCCUUCCUACACUCCUUCUUUAAGCUUUAAGCUACUUCAGGUACAUGCACUGGAGUUGGAACUUGCAUUAAGCUACAGAGUGCUGCUGAAAUCUUCCACAGCAGUCACUAAAUCUAAAGCUGUUGUGUAUGUGAAAUUUUCUCCCUGACUCUAAACUGAAUGUCUGCAUUGGAGAGCAAUGUGUGCACUGGAUUUAACAGAAUUCAAAGCUAGUAAAAUGACCUGAAAACCA